AUGGCUGGAAAGCAGCAGACGAGCGACGUCCGGCCCCGCGUCGACGCCUCCAGCACGCGGCUCCCGUCUUUUCGUGCUUCGACUGACACAUCAGCCAAUGGCUCGACUCGGCGUCCGAAAUUUGUGCCGAAAGCUGCGAAACGACGUCCAGUACCAGAGACAGGACGUGGCGAGGACGUCGGUACUGGUGCAACACGCUCUCAUGAUGCGAAGCCGCACUUGACAGGCGCUGGAGCGCUCAAACACGAUGAUAGAGGACGCAAUGGAGGCCGAGGAGCAGGUCGUGGACGAGGUCGGGGACGUGGAAUAGGUUUCAUGCCUAGUGGCAAGGUAGCGUUUGUCGGUACGCUUUCAAGCGGAUCUUCUUUUGGUGGGGGCGGCAGCACAGCUGCUCCACGCGCUACGUCGGCGUAUGCCGAUUACUCAGCUGCUGGUGGUACUGGUAUCAGUGUGCUGGAUGAAGCAGAGAUGCCUGGAGGCAAGAUACUGGUCGUAGAAGAAGAGCACGUGUGGCCGCCAGUAGUCAAGUCAGUUAUGGAGCCCAUGAGCUUGCCGAUUGUGCGACCGCCGGAACCAGACGGUGCUGGCGCUAUCUUUUGCGACCCGAGCGGUGACAUGGUGGCGAUGGAUGAUUCGCUCUUUUUUAUUCAGAUGCCGACGACGUUGCCGCUUUCAAGUGUUGUAACCAAGACGACCAAAACAGAUGAAGACGAUCCGAUGGGUAGUGCGGAGGAUGUGAAUGACGAGGAAGCGAAGAAGACCAAGGAGAACACAAACCCGGACGAUUCUCCUGACGAUGGAGUGUUUGACCACUCGGUUGAGACUGCGCCGGGCGGGUAUAUUGGCAAGAUUUGCGUGCACAAGUCGGGCAAGAUGGUGCUGAUGCUCGGUGACAAGCAGUUUGACGUGGCAGCGGCCCAGACGCCCUCUUUCUGUGAAGAAAUCUAUGCCGUGAACACGACCGAGAAGCAAUUGAGCAUUCUGGGCAACGUCGAGCGCCAUCUCGUGGUGACCCCGGACUUCGAUGUGCUGCUGCAUUAG